AUGAAGCCUUCGCAUUGCCUCUGUCUCCUUGUCCUGGCCUCCAUCCUCGUGGGCUCGUCGGCCGUCGUCACCGUGUCGCCAAAGGAGAGGACCACCCGGGAGAAGGCCUGGACGGCGAGGGCGCCGGCGGCGUUGCAGCCCGACGAGGCCUUCCUCGCCCGCCUCUGCGACCAGCAGCGCGGGGAGCCCCUCCCGUGGUGCGAGCAGCUGCACGCCAGGCGCCGCCGCCGUGGCGGCGGCCACCACCUGCCGAUGCCGCCCCCCAGCCGCGACGGCGAGGAGAUCGACCCGCGCUACGGCGUGUCCAAGCGGCUCGUGCCGAGCGGGCCCAACAGGCUGCACAACUGA